GGAGUUGAAAAAGAAAAAUCAGCUUUUGAUGAUUUUGCUACUAAGUAUACUAUUCAAGGAAUUCCUGCUCUUACUCCAAUUAAUUUUUUUGAGCGAAUAAAUAAAACUUUAAAAGAUUUUUUUACAUAUCAUCGAAAUAUAAAAUUUAGGAUGAUUUUGGUUUGUAUCAUGAAAAAUCUAAAUUAUAAACAAAAAUUUGAUAAUAUGGAAGUAGAAGAAGAUAAAGCUUAUUUUACUUCAGGUAAUUUAAUUAAUAUGAAAUCAACAAAUGUUGACAAAUUAAUAAAAACAUGUAUAGAUGGUAUUGAAGGAGGUAUUGAAAUGUAUCAACAAACUGGAAGUUCAUGGCAAUUUAAACAAGUUGAUAAGCUUGAUAUUCAUACCGUGGAAUAUAAUCCAACAAAAGGGUCAUCUUACAUUCCUCUCCCAGAUUGGAUAUCAAAUAAAAAGGCUAUUGUUAAUAUACAAAACAAAGAUGAAAAAUGCUUUCUUUGGUGUAUACUUAGAUAUCUUCAUCCAAAAGAAAAAGAUGAACAUAGACUAACAGGUUUGAAAGAGUAUGAGUUUUCACUUAAUACUAAAGGACUUACUUUUCCUAUGAAAUUAAAAGACAUUACCAAAUUUGAAAAACUUAAUCCAGAGCUUCCAGGAAUUAAUGUUUUUUCAGUCGAUGAAAACAAGAAAUUUUAUCCUUUAAGAAUGGCAGAGAAAGAUUGUAUUAAUACUAUUGAUUUGUUUUUGUGUGAAGAAGAUGGUGUUAGUCAUUAUUCACUAAUUAAAAAUUUUAGUCGUUUGAUAAAGACGCAAAAAACUUCGAGUAAGAAUGGUAAGAUAUUUAUUUGUAAGAAGUGUUUUUCUCAUUACACUAAAGAAGAAUUAUUACAAAAACAUAUCUUAUAUUGUUCAAAUAAUGAGACGGUUUCUGUAAAAAUGCCCGCAUCAGGGUCAAUGUUACGUUUUAAAAAUUAUCACAAACAACUUCCUAUUCCUUUUGUAGCUUAUGCGGAUUUUGAAUGCUUUACCAAACCAAUGAAUACUUGUAGUCCUAAUCCAAAAGAUUCUUAUAAUUACAACUACCAAAAACAUGUACCAUCAGGAUUUUGUAUUUUUAUCAAAGGAGUGGUUGAUAAAAAAAUCAAACCCAUUAUUUAUUCGAAAACAGAAGAAGACGAAGAUAUAUCAAAAGUAUUUGUAGAAAAACUUACAGACGCAACUAGAGGUAUUUAUAAUGAUUUUUAUCGUAGACCAAAACCUCUUAUACUAACACAAGCUGAACAAAAAUCAUUUGAAAAAGCGGAAUUUUUUCAUAUUUGUAAUAAAGAAUUAUUGGAAGACAAAGUUAGAGAUCAUUGUCAUUUUACGGGUCAGUACCGUGGUGCUGCUCAUAACAGUUGUAAUCUUAAGUGUAGGAAACCAUUAAUUCUUCCAGUUAUAUUUCAUAAUCUUCAAGGGUAUGAUGCUCAUUUGUUUAUAAAACAACUUGCAAGUUUACCAGGUGAGUUAAAUUGUAUUCCUUCAACAGAGGAAAAAUACAUAUCCUUUUCUAAAAAGAUUAAAGUUGAUGAGUAUAAGUCAAGACGAAAUGGAGAGACUAUUCCGUUAUAUUUUGAAAUACGUUUUAUAGAUUCGUUUAAGUUUCUUCAAACAUCACUUGCUAAUCUUGUUUCAAAUUUACAACCUUGUGAUUUCCAUAAUACAAAACAAGUAUUUAAGAAAAAUGUAGAUCUACUUACUCGGAAGGGAGUUUAUCCUUAUGAUUAUGUUUCAUUGCUUGAAAAACUAUCCGAAACACAAUUACCACCAAAAGAAGAAUUUUAUUCGAAACUAAACGACGAAGACAUAACUGAUGAUGAUUACCAACACGCAACUAAUGUAUGGAAUACUUUUAAAUGUAAAUCAUUAAGAGAUUAUCAUGAUCUUUACCUAAAGACUGAUGUCCUACUUUUGUCAGACGUAUUUGAAAACUUUAGAAAAACUUGUCUAAAACAUUACAAGUUAGAUCCGGCUCAUUAUUACACGUCCCCAGGUUUAGCUUGGGAUGCUUGUCUUAAAGAAACAGGACAGGAAUUACAGUUACUAAAUGAUUAUGAUGUGUUAAUGAUGAUUGAAAAAGGUAUUCGUGGAGGAAUAACUCACAUAUCAAAAAGAUAUGCUGAAGCUAAUAACAAGUAUAUGAAAGAUUACAAUCCUGAUGAGGAGUCUAGUUAUAUUCAAUAUCUCGAUGCGAAUAAUCUUUAUGGUUGGGCGAUGUCACAAUCACUUCCAACACAUGGAUUUAGUUGGAUGAAAAAAAUAACAAAAGAAAAAGUGAUGGAAAUUUUAGAGAAAGCAAAUCAUAGUAUGUUUAAUCGUGGAAGAAAAGGAUACGUAUUUGAAGUUUAUUUGGAAUAUCCUUCAACCAUGACGAGAUUCAUAGAGAUCUGAAAUCAUAGACCCCUGCUGAUGUUCGCCUAUUCAAUAGGCGAACAUCAGCAGGGGAGCUCUGUAGAAGUAAUCAACUUUUUACGGCUCAUUUGCUUGGAGGUGACAAAUUCUCAUAUCAACGGAAUUCCUGUACGUCAACAAGAUUUCGGUUCAACAAAAAACUCAACUACAAAUUAGCCGCAUUGGAAGUCUUUCUGCCGAACCGGAAUGCAUUUGCCUCUGUAGUGGCUUCUCUUAAAAUUUAUUGUACUUCGAGAAGAGUGAUUUUACGCACUUCUUACUGGGGAAUUUUCCAUUGUAUAUUUUGUUUACUUGUUUUUAUUAAACACUAAGCGCCAAUUAUUUAACUGGUAUAUUACAAAAUCGCGUCAUAAUUAAGCCCUUUUCUGUUUAACCAACGCUUUUAUCAAACCCCAUUUAUCGUGAAUAAUUUCAAUACAGCAUAUAAGGCAGACUGGAAAACUAAAGCACUUAUUUUCUUAAACUAGCCCAUCAAGAAAGAGGCCUGGAGGUCCAAUGAUUUCUGAAACCGCGGCCUAAGGUAACCCGUAAUGGUUUGAAAGUAAUGUCACUCUAUUUUCUUUUUGCCUCUCUUGCAAGUGAAAGUGAGAGUUCACAGAGACUGUGCGGUUUUCUCGAGUGCGUUUUAGAAGCUGCCUUAACGGAAAGGUUAUUACACUACCGGAAUUAAAACAUCGAGGAAAUUAUUAAUUUAAAGCCGCGGAGUAUUUUCCCCAACAAUGAAUAAUAUUACCUCUAACUUUCUGCGAUAACACUGCAAAAUAUUUCAGAUUAUUUUUCAACCGAAUAGGCUGCGAAUUUAAUGCGAUGAUCAUGUUCACUUUCAUACCUUCAUCCGCAUUUCAUAUAUUUCAAUUCAUGCUUACAAGAUCUCCCUAAUUUUAUGUCUGAAUGCAAGGCUUUUUUAAUGGAAACUUCAUUCAAGGGCAGAACUAACACUAAGCGCUAAACGGAAACUGCCUUAUGAAAAAACUUUUAAAAUUGACGCGCUGUUUUAAAGGCCUCACUGGAUCAGGAUGGGGUUAAAUACAAACGUAAGCGAAACACUAAUUUUGCAAUAUUUAAAUAAUGUCUAAAAAAUAAAGCUUCCCUCUGAGAUACCUGGCGAAGAAAAUUCUCACAGAGCCACAGCCUAAAAAGGCUAAGCUGCUCUGUUGCAUCAGGAAGGCCAAACGUUUUUUGUUAAUGCUGGACAGAGAUUCAAACAAUAUCUAAAAGCGAGUUUUUAGUUCCCUCUGAGACACCCGGAGAAUAAAAUUCUCACAGAGCCACAGCCUAAAAAGGCUAAGCUGCUCUGUUGAAUCAGGAAGGCCAAACCGUUUUACUUAAUGCUAGACGGAGAUUCAAACAAUAUCUGAGAAGCGAGUUUUUAGUUCCCUCUGAGACACCCGGAGAAUAAAAUUCUCACAGAGCCACAGCCUAAAAAGGCUAAGCUGCUCUGUUGCAUCAGGAAGGCCAAACUUUUUUUCUUAAUGCUGGACAGAGAUUCAAACAAUAUCUAACAGCGAGUUUUUAGUUCCCUCUGAGACACCCGGAGAAUAAAAUUCUCACAGAGCCACAGCCUAAAAAGGCUAAGCUGCUCUGUUGCAUCAGGAAGGCCAAACGUUUUUUGUUAAUGCUGGACAGAGAUUCAAACAAUAUCUAAAAGCGAGUUUUUAGUUCCCUCUGAGACACCCGGAGAAUAAAAUUCUCACAGAGCCACAGCCUAAAAAGGCUAAGCUGCUCUGUUGCAUCAGGAAGGCCAAACUUUUUUUGUUAAUGCUGGAAAGAGAUUCAAACAAUAUCUAAAAGCGAGUUUUUAGUUCCCUCUGAGACACCCGGAGAAUACAAUUCUCACAGAGCCACAGCCUAAAAAGGCUAAGCUGCUCUGUUGCAUCAGGAAGGCCAAACUUUUUUUGUUAAUGCUGGACAGAGAUUCAAACAAUAUCUAACAGCGAGUUUUUAGUUCCCUUUGAGACACCCGGAGAAUAAAAUUCUCACAGAGCCACAGCCUAAAAAGGCUAAGCUGCUCUGUUGAAUCAGGAAGGCCAAACUUUUUUUCUUAAUGCUGGACAGAGAUUCAAACAAUAUCUAACAGCGAGUUUUUAGUUUUAUCUGAGACACCCGGAGAAUAAAAUUCUCACAGAGCCACAGCCUAAAAAGGCUAAGCUGCUCUGUUGAAUCAGGAAGGCCAAACUUUUUUUCUUAAUGCUGGACAGAGAUUCAAACAAUAUCUAACAGCGAGUUUUUAGUUUUAUCUGAGACACCCGGAGAAUAAAAUUCUCACAGAGCCACAGCCUAAAAAGGCUAAGCUGCUCUGUUGAAUCAGGAAGGCCAAACUUUUUUUCUUAAUGCUGGACAGAGAUUCAAACAAUAUCUAAAAGCGAGUUUUUAGUUUUAUCUGAGACACCCGGAGAAUAAAAUUCUCACAGAGCCACAGCCUAAAAAGGCUAAGCUGCUCUGUUGCAUCAGGAAGGCCAAAGUGUUUUACUUAAUGUGGGGCAUGCAGUAUCAUCUUCACAGAUCUAAUCAGUGCAAAAUUAAAUAAAGCUUCAAUCUGUAAAUCAAUUUUUGCUUUAUGAAAUUUUACUCACUUUUACUGACUGUUGAUAGCCUCUGGCUUUGGCAAAAUAAAUGUUCCUGUUUUCUUAAAAGAGAUUCGAUAAAAUUGAAAAUAUCCACUACGAAGCACACUUAAAAACUAAACUCUGACUCGUUUGCGAUCAGGCUUAAGAAAUAGUGAUCUCCAUCAACAUUCUCCAUGAACAUUACACUUUCACAUCAUUAGCAGUUAUUGAGAAUUUACGAAAUUAUCGAGUGAUCAGUGUCGACCUUGAAACGUUUUUGCGCUAAAAUGAUAAUACGUAUCCAUUUGAAGAUGAUACAAAGGAACCCAAAAUAGACUUACCAAGUUUCGGCCGAUGUUUAGAAAAUUGAAAAGGGCUGGAGAGUAUCACCGUUCAGGCUAAAUCCAGUCAGCGACCCUUAAUAAAAAUCAUUUAAGCUUACAUAAUCAACAACGACGUGAAUGCCCGAGUUUCUGACUUGACGGUCAUCUGCCAUCGUCAGGAAAUCGUACGAUAUUGCUUCUCGAAUGAAUCCCUCAUUUUAAUGUCCCCAUAUCAUUAAUCCAAGACCAAGUACCUUUUCGAGAUCUUCUCCGCACGACGAAACGCUUUCUCUGACUUCUCUGACCGCUUCCCGCUAUAUUUUCUAGUAGCUGGAAGGAAUUUAGUCCUUCUUUGAUCGCUUUAAACCCGCUUUCGUCUGCAUUUCAACGGCGCAAGUUAAAGGCUUGUGCUAAGGUUAAAAACGACAACAACAUGAUCUUUCCUCUUUGAAAAACCAAACCUUGAUGGGUUGACUCGAGCACCAGUACUAUCUGUACUAUCGACCAAAUCAUAAAUAGCUAUAAAUAAUCGGCCCUGCUACUUCCAAACAUCAUCUCUACAUAAAAAGCAUAAAAUUUUGACUUGCCAUGAAUUAUAUCUGUCGGUAAAACCAUUUGGUCACAGAUACUGCGUACGAGAUUACCUUUGUUUGGCAAGCGAGGGUCCAAAGACUGAAGAUGCUUUUCCCGACGAACGCGCCACUUUCAUGUCGGCUUUGAAAUUCGCGCGAGAUCGCAUUGUGAUACAAAUAGUAUCUGUCUUUCGUCUCAGCUCGUCUUCCAUCAGUGACGCAAAUUACACAAGUCAUGACAGAUUAGUGGCUAUUAAUUGAAUCCUAAUUAGGUUCUUACAAGGACACCGGAAAUUGAAACUUCCUCCCUGUGGUGAAUUUCAAAGUCGUAUGAAUCUCGUCAUGCUAUGGGAGGAGCAUAAUGACUAUCCUCUAGCACUAGAGAAGAUGAAAGUUAAUGGUGUUGAAAAACUAAUUUCUCAUUUUAAACCAAGAAAAAACUAUGUUGUUCAUUAUCGAAAUCUUAGACAAUAUCUUGAGAUGGGAAUGAGAAUAACUGCCGUUCAUAGAGGAAUAUCUUUUAACCAAUCUCCUUGGAUGGAACCGUAUAUACGAAAAAACACAGAACUUCGAAAAACAGCAGCCAACAGUUUUGAGAAAGACUUUUUCAAACUAAUGAAUAAUUCAGUAUUUGGAAAAACAAUAGAAAACAUAAGGAAAAGACAAAAUAUAAAUCUUAUUAAUAAUCGUAAGAAAGCUGCUAAACUAACAAGUCGUCCAAACUUUGAAAGGGCUACGAUAUUUGAUAAAAAUCUUAUCGCUGUUCAUAUGAAAAAAACCGAAAUUUAUUUUGACAAACCAGUAUACGUUGGUCAAGCAAUUCUUAAUUUGUCAAAAACAUUGAUGUUUGAUUUUCAUUAUAAUUACAUCAGAAAGAAAUACAAAAAUAAAGCCGAGUUAUUGUUUACAGAUACGGACUCAUUAAUGUACCACAUUUACACAGAUGAUUUUUAUAAAGAUAUAUCCCAUGACAUAAAAACCAAGUUUGACACAUCUGAUUACCCUCCCAAUCAUCCAUCUGGAAUACUGACAGGAGUUAACAAAAAAGUAAUUGGGAUGUUUAAAGAUGAAGUAGCAGGAAAACAAAUAACUUGUUUUGUUGGAUUACGGCCAAAACUUUACAGUUUUAGAAUAGAAGAGGAUAAAGAGGUGCGAAAAUGUAAAGGAAUAAAGAAAAAUGUUGUAAAAAAGAAAUUAGAUUUUGAUGAUUAUGUUCAAUGUUUAUUUACGGGAAAAAAAGAAAUGAGAAAAAUGAAGAUAAUAAGAAAUGAAAAUCAUGAUAUAUAUUCGAAAGAAGUUAACAAAGUAGCUCUAAGUAAUGAAGAUGAUAAGCGCGAAGUCCUCUUGGGAAAGGUAAAAACGAUAGCUUUAAGAUAA